AUGGACCCAUUAUCUAUCACGUCAGGCGCCGCCGCCCUCGCCAUCAGCUGCGCGACGAUAGUCAAGACGCUUUACACCUGGAUAGACGAUACUGUCGACGUCGACGAGAAUGUCUCUAAUUUGUUGGAGGAGGUCUCGAUUCUGUCGCGAGUCCUAGACUCGGUCAGCAAUGCCUCCGGUCGGGUUCCGCAAGCUAUCGUAGCUGAGAUCGAUCCCGGUAAUGCCCUCUGGGGUAGUAUUAGUGCCACCCUCAAUGAUAUCCAGAGCACAGUCGACAAGCUCAAAAGACUAAUGGCCGAGCUUGAGAAAACAAACCGCUUUAGCCGAGGGUUCUUGCGCAAGCCAACCAAGCAAAUCAAGUUUAGCUUGCGGUCCAAAGAUAUCACUAUAUACAAAGACAGAAUCAAAUCAUACAACACAGCAAUGACAAGUGCUUUUCAGAUGCUCAAUAUCUGCCUACUAAUUCAUAGCAACUCCUCUCAAGAUUCUGUGUUCAAAGUCCUCUCCGGGCUCAAGUCCCAGCUGAGAAAUGUCGAGGUUGCUUUACAUACAAGUAGCUCUGCAAGCCCUGGCCCUUCCGGUGGACGUGAAGAGGACGAUCGCGCCACCCAAAAUCUCCGACAGUUUGUUCAAGUAGCAGAGAACUUCCAUUCAAGCGCCAGUACUAUUCUGAGAGAGGGCCCUAGGUCUACUGUUUGGGGAGGAAGCAUUAUGGGUGACCCUUUAACGGAAGCACAAACAUCACAGAUCGAGAGAUGGAUACCUCCGCCAGUCAAUGAAGAGCCGCAUUCCCCUCUUGACGCCGACUCGGACAGUGAGACUGAGUUUGCCAGAAGAUUCGAAGAACUAGCAAUCAAGAAUGAGGCGGACGGAGACCACGCAAAGGCAGAACAAUUCUACAGAGGUGCCAUCGAGCAUGGUGAAUCGAGUUCAAGGCCAGUAAUCGACAUCACUGCUAUGAAGAUACGACUAGCAUAUGCAUGCAUGCGGCAGGAAAAGUGGACAGAAGCAGACGAAAUCAUCACUCCGAUCGCUUUUGAGAGAAAGACAAAUGAUAUACUCGUGUAUCACGGAAUGCAUGCGUUGGCUCUUGCUUAUGUAGAUGACUCCAAACUCGAGGAAGCUGAAAGGUAUUGCAAGCGUGCUCUUUGGGGCAAGAGAAAAGUUCUCGGCAAAGAUAACCUGAGCUGCUGGGAGACUCUCACUUUGCUUGUGUUCAUCUGCAAAGCAAGAAACAGGACUGCGGAAGCAGAGGUCCACCGAAGCUUUAUCCCGAACUACGAGACUAUUGCGAUUGAUCCUGAAGCAUUGACCUAUCUGGACCGUUCACAGCCCUUAGCCUUUCAGCAACAGUAUCCUCCCAGUCAACCAUAUACUACGGCAGCUCCUGGUCCAUUCCCAUCCGCGGGUAGAGUCCAGUACCCCAAAACCUUCGGUUCUCAGUACACAAGUCCACCAACACCGAGUGGUCAUCAAGGCGUAGUUCAAUAUCCGACACAGCAAAGGCAAACAAGGUCAAACGGAGAAUCGUCUUCAAAUCCUACUAUCUCUCGAAAGGCUAUCGGACACCCAAACCCGAGCUUAUCUAUAAUGCAUCGUCCUCAAAGUACGGGGCCAUACUAUCAACAACAACCAGAGCAACCGAGGAGAAGCACCAACCUGUCAUAUAGCCACAAUAAUGGCCUGUCUGGAUUCGAACUCCUGUACGAUUUCGAUUCCUACUGGCCUGACCACAUCGGCGUGGGUCUUCGAGCCAUAGGUUGGACCGAUGAUCUUAUCAAACAAAACCAGCAGACUAUCAUAGACUACUUCAAGUUUCGACCGAUCAGUGACAGAACAGCUUCUAUGGCUUUGUCACUGCCACCUCCUCCUCAUUCAUCGAGAGCAUAUCCACAACCCACGCAAGGUGCCAACAACUAUGAACAACAAGGUUAUCAAUCCCCCACAUCACUGUCGCCCUACAGCAUGGCACCUGUGCCCACGCCUGAGCCCAGAUAUCAGAUAUUUGUGUCAAUCGACUUCAUGAAUAUAGACGGUGCGAGUACCAGUGUUGCAUGCAUUCCAACUGUUAUUUACUACGAUCAGUACAAUAAAGUAGUUGGCUGGGGCCAUGACACUGCUAACGCCCUUGGGCCGACUGGAGAUCCGAAGCCAGGCGUCCAGAAGGUUGAAGGUCUUCCUCUGCUCUUGACUCAAGAGACAGGAGAGUAUAUUCCACUACCUGGUGUUCCUCCGGGCCUCAACGCUGUAGAUGUCUCAGCUGAUUUUCUCUAUGAGGUCAGGCGUGCGCUUCGUACCCAAUUACAGCAGCGUCUAGGAAGUAAAUUCUUGAACAACGAGCAGACAAUCCAUUGGAUUAUCACUUUGUCAGAGAUCUGGGCAAAUAGGGACAAAACGUUAUGGAAACGUGCUCUUCAAAGGGCUGGCUAUCUUAGAGACGAAAAUGAUACACGCUUGUCAUUCAUCGGCGAAGCAGAGGCGUCAAUAAAGCACGCGAUAAUGAGAUAUUCCCUCAGCCAAGAAACCUAUAUCUUUGCGAGCUUUGGGAAGAAGAUAGCACACGUGUCCGUGUGUGAGCUUCCAGCGCUUCCACUAGCACCACAUUGCUUCGUUUCUAGGCUUGUGACAUAUGAGAACCAGGGGCCUACUCUCACAGCACAAAGGUUUGCUGAAAUGGUGCGGACCAAAGUCAAGCACAUGCGGCUUCCAGAUGGCUCCAGGAUAGCCAGAAGGGUCUAUGGAAGGUGUAUCGAAGAUUUUGAGGACCGCAUCUUGCCCGAUUUCAGAAACAACGGACAAGAAUGGGAUGUCGAUGUUGCAAUUGAAACGGAAUUCCCCGAUGCAGGGAUCAAGAAUGGUUUCAUGACUUAUACAAAUGACGAAAUCUUGUCGUGUUUCCAGCCCGUCAUAGAUGGAAUUACGAUCAUGAUGGCUCAGGCAGUAGGUGACGUUUUCAAAACUGGCAAUGUUCUUGAGGGACUUAUACUUGCAGGAGAAUACUGUACAUCGGAAUACUUGCUACGGGAAAUCAAGUCGAAACUACCUGACAACCUCCGAAACAAGGUCUAUCCGCCCAUGGAACCUGCAACACAGGUUGUGUUAGGCGCAGCCCAUUUGGAAUUAACACGCUAUUUGUCUGCAAUGCCUCGUGGUAUGGUAGACAGCUGGUCUCAAAGUCGUCUCAAAAAAGAAAAAAGGUGGGAUACAAGUGGCAAACAUAACUAA